AUGCCUAAAUCCAAAGAAGUGUUGUCAUCCACAUCUGGAAGUGACUCUGACAGUGAGGUGGAGACCAAGGCAAAAAGAAAGACGCCAAGUGCACCAGAGAAGCCAGCUAAGAAACAGGCGAGUGGGGAGAGCUCCAGGCUGGGUGGCUCGUCCAAAGGCAGCAGUAACAGUGAUGACAACAUGUUCCAGAUUGGUAAAAUGAGGUAUGACAGUGUCAGGGACUUUAGAGGCAACGUUCUAAUUGACAUCGGAGAGUACUGGAUGAAAGAUGGGGAAAUGAUGCCAGGCAAAAAAGGUAUUUCCUUGAAUCCCGAGCAAUGGAGUCAACUAAAGGACCAGAUUUCUGAAAUUGCUGACACCAUAAAAAGGAUAUAA